GAUAACAAAAAGUUGUCAGUCAGUCGAUAGUCAGUCGCAGUCAGCAGCGGAAAAACAGGCCCAAAAGGAAAAAUACACGAAUCAUCGUCACAGAAGAGUAAAAACUGCAAAACGAAACGAAGAGGAGUCACAAAGUUUUCGCCCUGCUCGCUCCGGUGUCGAAGAAUUUUUUCGAGCUCGUUUUUGCGGAUGCCCCGUGUCGUGGUGGCGUUAUGAAAAGUGCUUGCGAAUAAAGUGUUAGCGGAUUUCGGAUUCGUUUCGACGCGAAAAUUGUUGCCGACAUUAUCAGCAGUGCAGGAAAUAUAUUGUCCAAAAAUAUCAAGUUCCCGGAUAAAAAGCGCUUCUUCGAUUUGUGGUGAUUUUUGUGCACAGAAAGCUUCGAGAAGGAAUUGAUUUUCUGGAAGUGUAUUCUUUGGUGUCGUCGCAAGAAGCAGUUUGGGAAUUGUCCAUUGGAACACCGGUUUCUUUGCGGAUAUCCAGUGAUUGUUGUGCAGCUGCCCCCCAAAAGUGCCGCCAAGGAACCGGAGAGAGAGGAUAGGUCGCUUUGAGCAUUUGGCGCAAACGUACGGGACCUUAGUUGAACGUCGCGACUGCAUCCGGACGGACGCGUGUAGGUGAGUGCGUUACUCUCUCUGCCAAUCCAAGUACCUUUAUCUUGCAAUGGCCACUGGUGGCAGCAAUAGCGGAACGGUAUCGGUAUCGGCGUCUUCCGUCAGCCUAGCGGCACCGGUACCACCCGUGAAUACACCUUGGCCCAACAGCAAGGAUGAUUACGAGCUGCGGGAAGUGAUAGGCGUUGGGGCCACUGCCGUUGUCCACGGGGCUUACUGCAUACCACGUAACGAGAAAUGUGCCAUCAAGCGGAUCAACCUGGAGAAAUGGAACACUUCCAUGGAUGAACUGCUGAAGGAAAUCCAAGCUAUGAGCAGUUGUAAUCACGAGAAUGUCGUAACGUAUCAUACCAGUUUCGUGGUGAAAGAGGAACUAUGGUUGGUACUUCGAUUGCUGGAAGGUGGCAGCUUGCUCGAUAUCAUCAAGCACCGGAUGAAGACGGUCAACUGUAAGCAUGGUGUUUUCGAUGAAGCCACGAUAGCAACUGUACUGAAGGAAGUAUUGAAGGGUUUAGAGUAUUUCCAUAGUAAUGGACAAAUUCAUCGCGAUAUCAAAGCAGGUAACAUUCUACUGGGGGAUGAAGGAACCGUACAGAUCGCGGAUUUCGGAGUUAGUGCUUGGCUUGCAACGGGUCGUGAUUUAUCGCGUCAAAAGGUUCGACAUACUUUCGUGGGAACCCCAUGCUGGAUGGCACCGGAGGUCAUGGAGCAAGAUCAUGGAUACGAUUUCAAGGCCGAUAUCUGGUCGUUCGGUAUUACCGCGAUCGAGAUGGCAACCGGAACUGCACCAUAUCAUAAAUAUCCUCCGAUGAAGGUGUUGAUGUUGACCCUCCAAAACGAUCCUCCAACCAUCGAUACCGGUGCCGAUGAGAAAGAUCAGUACAAAGCAUACGGGAAAACGUUCCGGAAAAUGAUCGUCGAGUGUCUUCAGAAGGAACCUUCAAAACGUCCCUCUGCCAGCGAGCUGCUUAAACAUCCGUUCUUCAAAAAGGCGAAAGACCGGAAAUAUCUUACUCAAACUCUUCUAGCCACUGGCCCAUCGAUGGCCACACGAGUUCACAAAGCUGCCAAGCGACAACCGGGUGCUUCCGGGCGUCUACAUCGCACCGUAACCGGCGAAUGGGUUUGGUCAUCCGAAGAAGAAGACAACGGUAAGAAUUCCUCCGAUUCUGAAUCGGAAGAACGGCCCAUGAAUUGCCUGGAGCAAAUGGAUUCUUCUGCAUCGGAAACCGAAGACGCUUCCGAACAGUCCGAGGUCACCGUUACGGCCCCAACCGGUUCGGAGGUUACUUCCGCCGAUGUCACAAACGCAGUCGGUGGUCUAAAUCUCGAUGACCUUCCUCCCAUCAACUUAGUGUUGCGGAUGCGAAAUGCCAGCCGGGAACUGAACGACAUCCGGUUUGAGUUCGCCGUUGGUAAGGAUUCGGCCGAGGGCAUUGCCACCGAACUCGUCGGGGCGGGUCUUGUCGAUGGACGCGACAUUGUCGUCAUGGCGGCCAACCUGCAGAAACUAAUCGAUCAGCGGAAUACGCUAAAAACCGUUACCUUCCAGCUGAACUCCGGCUUCGGCAGUGGAGAGCAACCGGACGAAAAAUCACUAAUCGGCUUCGCACAGAUUUCCAUCACGGAUUAACUUAAGUGACUUGUCGUGUUAAAAUGUAACCUUAUUAUUUCUUCGCGUAAGUGUGAGCGUGCCUGUUUCUAUUAUGUAUGCGCUUCAGUGCGAUCGUGAGCUGAACUGAAAACAAAAACAAUUCCUGUGUUUCGAUUUCUUACAUAGUUUUAAUAUAAAAAAAACGAUGAAAACAAUAAAUAGCAAGUUAUUUAGAUUUAAAGCACUAUAACCUAUCGAAGAGAAAUUAAGGCAAAUUCAAAAAAGUCGCAUGAAAUAACCCAACUGCUUCUUUCCCGGGAAUUCUAGGACUUGUAAGUUAGUGCUUUAGCCUUUUCCAACAAAAGUUCGCGCUUUUAUUCACAGAUUUUACUACUAGAUUAUAAUACGUGGAGUAACAUAUAUAUAUUCAAUGUUAAAGCGAAAAAAGUGAUGUUGAAAGUAGCCUUUAUCGAUUCCCGCGCGAGAGCAUCGGUGAUCCAACAAAACGCAAAUAGGAAAGAAAAAAACGAACUGAUCGAUAAGAAUUAGUAAAACCAAGAAAUUGACGAAUGUGGUAUGGAAAAUCUCAACGUUCUGCUAAGGAGCACGCCACAUAAGGUAAUCGAUUCAGAAAUUGAGCACAUGACGACGACGACGAUGAUGUCGGCGCUAAUGAUGGAUGAAUACGUCGCGGAACGAAGACAAGUUGAAGAUGAUACUGUAUUUUAAACAACCUACCCCCUACUUUUUGACUAGCGUGCGCAGUUGCGUUUUUAGCGGUAGAUGUCGAGUCACACCCCUCCCAAAAAUAGCAGAAAAUUAUAAAAAAAGCAAAGUGGUAACAAACGUAAGAA